AUGCUGUAUGCACUGGGUGACAAUGUGGCCGCUGCUGGAGCCUUCGAGGAAGCAAUUCUCAUCAGCACAGGCAAACGACGAGGAAUGAAGAGCCUUAUCCGCCAUAUCCUUUCGGCUUUUGCCGAUGAUAACAGGCGCGGCAUUCCUACUUGCCGGCCGUAUGAUCCCAAAGAAACCGUACUGCUAUUUCCAGACAAGGCACUGCAAACGGCAAAGCUAGUAUUCCACCCGCAUGGCAUAUUGCCCGGCCUUCAAUUUCUCCCAGACGGUCUGGCCAAAAGAGCUGCAAUUUCUACAACCAGCAACUCGCUACUUUCGCUGGCCAAGAUAUACCAGGAUGGUAUGGCCUCGACAUCUUCAAAUGGAACCCUGAGAAGCACACCAGGCGUUCGAGAUAUUCUUGCUUUAUACUACCUGUCGCUGUCGCUACAACCCAGCCCAUCAACAGCAAAUAACGUCGGGAUCCUCCUCGCAGGAAUUCAAGGAACCUCUGCUAAAUCCGUCCGCACGGCUGGUGAAUAUCAAAUUCCAGAUAUUCCUGGUGUCACUCCUGGCAGUGGCAUUGCACUUGCUUUGGCUUAUUACAACUAUGGCCUCACCCUUGACUCAAGACACGCUCAUCUCUACACUAACCUAGGGAGCCUUCUCAAAGAUAUCGGCCAGUUGUCUGUUGCAAUUAAGAUGUACGAAUUGGCUGUCCAAUGUGACAAUAAGUUUGAUAUUGCACUAGCCAACCUCGCAAAUGCUGUAAAGGAUUCUGGCAGAAUCAACGAUGCCAUCGGAUACUAUCGGCGAGCCGUGAAUGCUAACCCAGAUUUUGCUGAGGCAGUAUGUGGCCUAGCAAAUGCAUUGAAUUCUGUUUGCAACUGGGGAGGUAGAGGAGGCAUCUCUCCCGGCCGUGGAAUCAGGGAUUUGUGGCACGUCGAUGAUCAAGGCCGGCUACGUGAUGCAAAGGAGGUGACAUCUGAUACGGGAUGGAUCAAACGAGUUGUUGAUAUAGUUGACAAACAACUGAAGGACGGUGAACUUUGGGGCUGUGGCACUCUUCAGAACCUAACCCCGGACCAGUUGUGUUCGGCCCUAAUGUCUCCGUCCAGCAAUACCACGGAUGCAAUGAGCAGACGAACAGCGCUCAAUUCCUUGCUACGUUCCUGGUCAGGGAAAAGGUGGGAAGGGUCCCGGACUGUGCGACUGAUAGAACGAAUGGUGAAGUAUAUUGGCUGGCAGUGGUAUCAAGAUCGAUAUGUGCACCGCAGAGAAUACCCAGCUUCGAGGUAUGCACGUCCUAAUUUUCCAGGGGCACUCACCCCGCCCAGUGCACCGACUGUCUUACCAUUUCAUACAUUUACUUGCCCAUUAUCUGCAAAGCAAAUUCGCCAUAUCUCUCAGCGCAACGGGUUGCGUAUUUCCUGUUCCACGCUGCGUUCCCCAUGGCUUCCUGCUACGGUAUAUCCACCUCCAGCUCCGCCGAAUCCGCAAAUCAUAAUUGGUUAUGUCUCGUCCGACUUCAACAAUCACCCUCUGGCUCACCUUAUGCAGUCCGUUUUUGGCCUUCAUAACCCAAGUCGUGUAAAAGCGAUUUGUUAUGCAACGACAGCCAGUGAUAAUUCCAUUCAUCGUCAACAAAUCCAACGGGAAGCUCCUGUUUUCCGUGAUGUUAGUAGUUGGUCCGUUGAUCGAUUAGUGGAUCAGAUUGUCAGAGAUGGUGUUCAUAUUCUCGUCAACUUAAAUGGUUAUACACGUGGUGCUCGUAACGAGGUGUUUGCAGCUCGGCCUGCGCCUAUACAUAUGUCCUUCAUGGGGUUUGCUGGGUCAUUGGGUGCGGAAUGGUCUGACUACAUUCUAGCCGAUGAACUCUCUAUUCCACCUAGUACUCUGGCCCCUCGAGGACAAUCCGCAAGGAUAGAAGAUCGUCUGUAUGACGUGGAUCACAACGAAGAUGCCGAUGACUGGAUAUAUAACGAGAAAAUUGUGUAUACCAAGCACACCUUCUUCUGCUGCGAUCACAGGCAAAGUGCACCAGAUGCACGCGCGCCCAGGUUGACAUGGGAAGAGGAGCAAGCAAAUAGGUGGAAGAUGCGCAAGGAACUGUUCCCCGACCUCAAGGAUGAUACAGUAAUUCUCGGUAACUUUAAUCAGCUGUACAAGAUCGAACCAACAACGUUCCGUACAUGGCUAAGGAUUUUAGCCGGUAUUCCUAAUGCAAUACUCUGGCUCCUCCGCUUCCCUGACGUUGGUGAGCACAAUCUCCGACAAACAGCAAAAGCCUGGGCCGGCGAAGCAACUGCAUCAAGGAUCGUAUUCACUGAUGUUGCGCCAAAACACACACAUAUUUCCCGUGCUCGCAUCUGCGAUCUUUUCUUGGACACGCCAGAAUGUAAUGCUCACACCACCGCGGCUGACGUCCUUUGGAGUGGCACACCACUCCUCACGUUUCCACGGUACAAAUACAAGAUGUGCUCUCGCAUGGCAUCUAGUAUUCUAACAAGUGCGCUUCCGCAGACGGAAGAUGGAAAACAAGCUGCGAGACAGUUGAUUUCUUCAGAUGAGGUUGAAUAUGAAAAAACUGCAAUUGAACUGGGUUUGGGGAUGAAGUACGAACUUGGCAAUAACCAAGGCAGUGCAAGGGGGCGAUUGUUUGAACUUCGGAAAAUGCUUUACUUGAAUCGGUGGGAAAGUAAACUGUUUGAUACCCGAAGAUGGGUCAAUGAUUUGGAAGAGGCGUACGAGAAGGUUUGGGCGAACUGGGUUCAAGGAGAAGAGAAAGAUAUAUGGCUAUGA